UGCUUGUUUUGGUUAGAACGCCUAUGUCCUUUCCAUGAUGCUGGUAUGUGUGUCGUCCGACUACGAGCACCACGACUACUCAGCUGCUGGUCUAAUCCACGAGGCUUUCCGUGCGCAUCGGUCGUAGUGGCACUACGGUAAAUUCAGCCGUAACCUACCUAGCAUUCUGGAAGGGCGCUGCCGACGAGCCCCACUGAACGUUCAUUGCUGCACUGGCUUCCCGCGUCGUUAGGCUAAAGCUGGCGGCGCGCAUAAAUGCAACCACUGUAACCUCGUUUAUCAUCUAGCAUCGCCGCCGCUGUAGGAGAUGUAGCAGACGAGCUUUAGCGUCCCUCGAAACGCACCCUUUGGAACUAAACAGAUAUGUAAUUGAAUUUGCUGAUUGCAUUGUCUGCAGAAUUUGUAGUGCAACGUACUCAGCCAACAUGGUCUCUGUCUGCGUUGACGUCGAUUUGGAGAUGAAACCGAUGUCCCUGGACUUGGUGUUUCCGGAGGGCAUCGAAAGAGGCGGCAGAAUAAACUUCAAUUUUUUGAGGAGUGGCUCGAUGCACAAAAUCGUGGUGACGGUGUCACGCAGGCUUGCCGCCCCGAAGCGACUUCCUUUGACGCAGCCUAUGCGCACGAGAAAGUUCGCAUCUCUUCGGGAGGCAGGCCGAGCUCAUUCUGUUACAUCGACGAGCGACGCGAUGCAAAUGUUUUCGUCGACGACGGAGCGGUCGUGGAGAUUCAAACUGAAGGUUGCGAAAUCGAAGUGGAGUCGGAAGUUCCGUCUCCUGCCGCGUCGCCCCUGCCAGACCCGUGUUCUCCCGAAAGUGUCAGUUCGUCCGAACCGGCGACAGACGUCGGCGAUUACACCGCCGCCGACACUGCGGACCAAGGAGGGCGCGCGAGCAGCAAUGUGGAAGAAAUUGACUUGACAGGUGACUCAAACCCUGCUUCCGAAAAGUCGGCAAAUGUCACUAUUGAAGAUCACUCCUACAUGGUCGGCCAAGCCACUGCCACGACCAGUGCUGUCAAUGCUGUUAACUCUAAUGAUGAUGCUUCCACCCGUAAAAACGUCUCUAAUGCAGCCAAAGCAUCGCCCGCGGAUACCACAACUGUCAUUGCAAGGGCUUUGAACGUUUCCCAGAAUGUCACCUCGAAGACCGGCACAGUAACACACGGCAGGGCAAGUGCUGCCGUCACUUCCAAGGGCAACAACGGGGCCAAAGCGAUGGCACUCUACUCCUGCUUGUAUUGCAAGCAUAUAACACCGUGCAAGGAGACUGCAAUAGCUCACUGCAAGCUCCAUACCUCAAAAAACGAUCCUUUGCCACAACGGCCACCAUCGGAUGCAGCGGCAGUUCCGGCAGCAAAGGUUGGAGCGCCAGCUUCUCCAGACAAGGCCAAACCCCAGAGAAACAAUACCAAGCCACGUAUUGGAAACGUGUUUUCCCUUACUAAGGACAAGUUGGCUGUCAUUACAACAGCUGGUAGCUCGUUAAGCGUGCCUAGCAGUGAGUCUGGCUCUGGAGUUAAAGGUUCUAUCGAGACAACAGUCCUACCCACGGUCCUUAACAUGCUAGCCUCUAUGUCACCGAAUGUCAAGCGUGUCGUCCUUAAAACUGGCCCAGUUCCACUCUCAGCAGCUGGUGCUCUUUCUCCAAAAAAUAUCACAGCUAUUGUGAAGAAAGCAAAUGAGAGCAGUGUGGCGGAACUGAGGUCUGUCGUUCCUUCUUCUACACCAAAGCCACUGUCAACAACUCCAGGGAAGGGUCUCAAGCCCAUUGUACUGCCAAAUUCACCGAAAGAGUCGAAAGACAUGCCCACCAAGCCUCCUGCUAAUACAAAGAUUGUGUUUAAGUGCUUUAAGUGUUCUCACAUUACUUUUGAUAAGCUUGUCGCUCUGAAGCAUCUCCAAGAGCAUACGGCUGCAGCACAAGACAAACAAGUGGACAAAGAAAGCCAGUUGAGUGAUGCAUCUGACAAUGCAUCUGUUCCGGGCACACCUCCGGUCCUGGCUGUAUCAGAGGCUUCAAAGCGUGCCCUGCCUCUGACAGGAUCACAGCUGAAGCCGCUCGUUCAACAGGUCAACCGCCUCUCCAGGUCCUCGGAUUCAAUCAAAUACUUUGCAUGUACCAAAUGCAGAAAAGUGUACAAGAAGAAGGCAGGCUUGAAUAAGCACAUGAUGAAGCACACCGGAGAGCAAAAGUUCCGCUGCGAGAUAUGCGACAGAGGCUUUCAGUUCAAAUCGGUGCUGCAGGUGCACAUGAAGGUGCACAACCGGGUCAACCCGUACAAGUGUGCCAAGUGCAAGAAGAGCUUUACCACAGAAGUGGCAUUACAGAAUCACGAGAAGAAAGUGCACAGUGACCCAGUGAUCUGCCACCUCUGCAACAUGCCGUUUGUACGGCAGCACAACUUAGUGGUGCACAUGAUGCAGAAGCACGGACAGACUGCUCAGCAUCGCUGCAGCAGCUGCCGGAAGCCCUUCUUCACCGAGGAAGACCUCGCGGCCCACAAGGAUGUGUGCAAGGGAGAUGCGUACCGGCACUGCGCCAACUGCAGCUUCAAGGGUGCCACCUACAAGGAGCUCUGCGAGCACGUAACACAGUGCCACCCGGACGUGCCGCAGUUCAAGUGCGAAACGUGUGGCCUGAUUUCCAUUCACAAAGUUCGGCACCGGGCUCACAUUCGAACACACCAGCCCGGCUACAAGCCCAAGAAGGCGAAGCACACCUACAAGUGUCCGCAAUGCGGGAAGGAAAUGCGAAGCCAGUCGGGCCUGCAGUCCCACCUCAGCUCCCACAACAACAUCCGGCCAUUUUCGUGCCCGACGUGCGGUUGCAGCUUUUCCUCUAAGGGCAGUCUCAGGGCUCAUCGGCUCAACGUCCACGCCUCGACCACAUUCAGCUGCGAGCAGUGCCCGCUUACCUGCAAGUCUAUGUUUGCACUUCGCAAGCAUAAGAGCCUGAUUCACGGGCAGACCAUCAACUUUCAGUGCGACCACUGCAAGAAACGCUUCACCAGUGAGCGCAAGAAGCAGCUGCACACGGCCGUGGUGCACAUGGGUGACACGGCUUGCCUAGAGAACGGCGAGAACCCCUUCCCCACACUCAAGGUGUACCGCUGCACCGAGACAGAUUGCGAGUUUGCCACUUUCAGCCUGUACCGGAGCAAGGCCCACGCCAUAACCCACACGGGAGUCAUGCCUUUCCAGUGCACGCAGUGUGACAAGGCAUUUGUCGUCCAGGACGAGCUCAAGAGGCACAUCACUUUGCAGCACAAUAAGGGCAAGCAAAAGCCUUGUCCUCACUGUGGUCGGGUCUUUGUGUCAGACUCCCGCUACGAUUGGCACCUACGCCUGCACGAGAACAACCAGGGCUUCCAGUGCAGCAAGUGCCCCUACUUGUACGAGUCCAAGGCCUACCUGGAGCACCACCAACAGAAGCAUGCUGAGGAGAGCCAGUCUGUAUGUGAAAUAUGCAGCAAGACUUUCAAGACUGUGCGAGCUAUGGGCAUCCACGUGACUCACAUGCACCCCGAGGUGGCCAAGAGCCCCUCACUCCAGGUGCUGCGCUCGCUGCGUUACCCACACGGUUGCGACCAGUGUCCCGUUCGCUUCAAGACCCCCACCGAGCUGCGGGCACACAAGCUGUGCCGGCACUCUGGCGUCGCGGGCAAGCGGCUCGCAAGCGCCGAAAGGAACUUCGAGUGCCACUUCUGCGGCAAGGCAUUCAAGCACAACUGCGCGCUGCAGACGCACCUGCGGACCCACACGGGUGAAAGGCCCUUCGAGUGCCCCCAUUGCACCAAGGCCUUCACCAUCCACCAGACGCUGAAAGACCACAUUGUCAGCGUACACACCAAGGACUUCAAGCUGCACUGCUUACUGUGCGGCAAGGGUGUUGUGAAUAACACGAAGCUGAAGCAGCACCUUCAGCACGCACACAAGGCCGUGCCUAAACCUACUCUGCCCAUCGCCGCCCGCGCCAAGGCCUCGGGAAUAGACAAGCCGAAGGCACCCCGUGCACCCAAGAGGGAGGAGCAGCCGCAGCUGCAGCAGCACUUGCAGCAACACCUGCAACCGCAGCAGCUUCACAUGGCACCGAUUGUGUUCGUGGAAGAGCAGAACGCCGAAAUAGGCGAAGUGUACAUAGAGCAGGAGGUCGUGACAGCCACGGAAACGGCGAUGGUUGUGGAGGACCCCAUCAAGCUGCUCACGUCAUUCUUCUGAGCAUCAAACUGUUCAAAACUUCCUUUUGUGCGAUGUGUAGCUUUCGGAGACACCCUGUAAAAGCUUGUUAGGACUCUGAAAGCUCAUCACUUUGUUUAAACAAUGUGCACUUUUGUGAGCAAGCACUGUUAAAGUGCCUCUUGUAUUUCUUUUUAACAGAAACUAGCGGACAUCUGACUGCGCUGCAAGAACUUGCUUGUGUGGUUAUGUGCGUUUUUUUUGUGCAGUGUUAAUGCUAUAUUAUAUGGUUUGCUGGAGUGCAAGUGAAUUGUACAUAUGUUGGAUGGUCACUAAAUACAUUAAGGUACAGCACACCUCUUUACUUCGUUGCAGUCAGAGAAAACUGCAGUUUUUAUGCCAACCUAUCGUAGAAACUUUUAAGACUUUAAAGUGCAGUUGUCUUUCUUUUUUGAUUUCAUAGAGGAAUAUAAGAAGCAGCUUAAAAUUAUAACAAGCGCCUCCUGAAUCGCGGUUCCACCACCUUUUUUUUUUUUUCUCACAAUGUGACUAAGUUUCAGGACAGUGUGGCUGCAGUCUCGUGUCAAAUUUUACGCAUGGUAUGCACUGAAAUGUAAGCUUGUGUAUCUUACUUGUCUUCAGAUGCGAAUGUUUUUUGAAUGCUUCGACAUCGUGUUUCAUUCUUCUGGUAACCAUUGGACUGCUCAGAAGUGCUUGCUUUUAUUCAGUUGUAAUGGUUUACGGCAUUUAGAAGAGAUACAGCAAAAAUGUGUGCAACGUGUUGAUUGACAACGUUAAAUUGACUUUUGAAACUUGGCUUCAAUCGCUGUGCUUGUUUCAAAGCGAUCUUGCUGCUUUUUAUUUUGUACAGAAUAACGUAAUUGGAGGGUUUAUAAGAAAUUCCUAUUUAAUUAGGAUAUUGAGAUAAAUAUUUGUUCCUAAUUAUGUACCUUUGAGUUGCUCCACAAGGUCCACGAUCCACUUCCAUGCAUCACCACAGGAAAAAGAGGAUUCGCCACAGAUAUUUUAGCUUUAAGGCUAACAUUUUGUUGGCUUUUAGCGUAAUCUUUGAAUAUCCACCCAUUUUCGUUUUCUGGAUACUAUCCUUCGCUGAAUUUCUUUGUAAUGCUUCCAUAAAAAUUGCUUGUUAAUCUGAAGCACUAUUUGGUUACACCUGGACUUCUCUGUUACUGAGUUUUCCAUAGAACAUUGAUGUUUAAUUUAUUUCACUAAUGAGAAAACUGCUAAGCAUGCGUGCUCGUUACGUUCAGUCUCGUUCAACCCAUAAUUUGUCAAAUGUUCCACAGGUUGAGUUCUCCUUAACACAACCAUGUUUUUUUUUUUCAGUGUCUCGAUAACGCUUCAAAACUAGUUAAGUUUGCCUCCCAGAAAUAUAUUGUGGGAAGAAUUUUGAAGAAAAAGGCCUAGUAUGUGCAGAGAUAUUACAAAAACCAUGUUUACCUUUCAGCAUCCUUCAUUACAAAGGUGCAGGGCAGUGGCAGUACAACAUGAAGCUUUCAUUCCUGAAAAAAACAUGCCGAUACAAAGCAUAUUUAGUUAUGCUCCGUUUGAAUAGUUCCUGUCUGAAUGUCUGGUGGUUGCCAAGUUGGCUUCCACUAGAGGCUUAGUCUUUUAGUUUUUAUGCAAAGAAAAUUGGUUCUGCUGAUACGUUUGUGUCAGAAGCAAACUUUAUCACAUCUCCCGUCUCAUGUGUGUGCUGUACUACCCGUUGUUUUUUUACUGUCUGGCGCCAAUUUCAAAAUCAACUUUCUCGAAUGCAUCCACUUGAGAUGUUCUAGCAGUGGUAGCUUAUGGAAUCUAAUACUCUCUGUCAUUAGUACAGCAGCUUUCUGGCAAUUUUCCUCAAAACAAACUAAACUUUUCUAUGAUCUGCGCUUGUCCAAAACGUAAACUCUCAAAAAUCUUGUCUUGAAAGGCAUUAGAGUUCACUUUAUUUUUUAUAAAUUAUUUGACCAUGCCAUGCUGCAGGCGCGCAUGUGUACUACACAAGCCAUGCAUGAUGUUCCUUAGUGGCAUUAGAUGCACAUCUUGCCCAUUACUAACAUCAGAUAAUGUGAGCUGCCGUGAUAAAGACACAGCCAGAACUCUCGUUUCCCAUCCGUGCCCUCUCGCCAUAAAGAAUUUGUCAAGCUCGAGCAACUUAUAAAAUAGAUUAAUCUAACACAUGAGCUGUUGCCAUAUGACGACUGUGGGAGCCUACGUUACUUGAAUAGUACAGGAACUGGAAAUCUUUGGCUUGUACUUGUGUGCAACACCUGCAGAAAGAGGAGGACCUAGCACUAUGAGUUUAUUGUGUCUUUGUAAUGGCCAGUGUGUUUUACAUCAUCACCAAUUCAAAGUUGUUCUUUUUUUUUCUGUAUACUUCAUGCUUCCUGUUCUGUGUGUCUGUGUAUUUCAAUAUGCUUUGGACCUUUUGACAUGGAGCAAACUUUUCAGACCUGAGACUGGGAAAGAGUUGUAUUUGUUUUUGAGCCCGAGUGUGUGCACAGCAUUUUCUUGCCUUCAUCCAGAUCACCUCCUUUUUGCAAACAUAGUUACAUUAUUAAGAAACACUGGGUGUAUGAGCUCUUUGCGAUUAAAGUUUCUACAGACCAGUUA